GAGAGAGAGAGAGAGAGAGAGAGAGAGAGAGAGGGAAGGAAGGAAUCCUUGGCAUACACACACGUCGGUGUCUCAAUGUGAAUUUGAGUGACUGGCUGGAUUCUUGUGGAGACGAACGCAACGGAUAAACCCAUUUUCAGCAUCUCACCCAUUUGCGCGGAGAGCGGCUGGUGCCUGCUCGUCUGGGUUGAGCAUUUUACAGCGUCUCUUUCUGCUGGAGCUUGGCUGAUCCGAGCUGUCCUGGGUCGGGCGUGGAGGGAGCCGAGAUGAGCGCCUUUCGGAGGGGUACUGGGGUGUUUCUGUUCGGGUUGUGUUGCGUACUAAUGGGACUGUGGCGGCUCGGGGCCGCCUGCCCCGCGUCCUGCUCCUGCAGCGGGACCAGGAUCGCCUGUGUGGACCAGGAGCGGGGUAUCAUGGCUUUUCCAGUGUUGCAGUCGGAGCUGGAGAUGGACAACAUUACCGACAUAUAUAUUGCAAACCAAAGUAGCUUCUCUUCCAUCAAUGACAAAGACCUGCAUUAUUACCGGAACCUCACGAAUCUAACUGUGACUAACAGCCGGCUUACCUAUGUGUCUCGACUGGCCUUCCAGAACAACCUCAAGCUUCAGUAUCUGAAUUUGAAAGACAACAACCUGUCAUCUCUGUCUUGGAGGAUAUUUCGACAUUUAAACAUAUCAAAUCUGAUUCUUUCUGGGAACCCGCUGCACUGUUCCUGUGAGAACAUAUGGAUGAAGCUAUGGCUGGGAGAGGAGGUCGAUGCUCAGGACCUCCAAUGUACAGCGGAGGGUGGUGGGAGGAAACCCCUGACCAGGCUCAAACUCCCUCACUGCAUGGUUCCCAUGGCGACUCUGAGCCCGUCCAAGGUGAUGGUGCAGGAGGGUGCUGAUGUGGUGCUGACAUGCAACACCUCCGGAGAGCCCUCUCCUGAGCUCAUCUGGAAAAUGACCCCACUCAUCUCCUACUAUGAGAUUGAGACCUCAGGCCAAGUGUCUGAGCUCCAUCUCUAUAACCUCUCCUCCCUGGACAACAACUGUAAGAUCACCUGCAGUGCUGGGAACAUUGUGGGCGAGAAUGAGUCCACAGUCCUCCUCAACAUCCUCUUUCCCCCUAACAUCAGUAAGCUGAGUGAUGCCUACCAGGACCACCACUGGUGCAUCCCAUUCAGUAUUUCUGGGAACCCAAAGCCCGAGCUCCGCUGGCUGUUAAACGGGGAGCCGGUCAUUGAGGGACCCUACAUCAUGACCAUGAUCCAUGACUUCUCUGAGAGGGAGUACCACGGCUGCCUGCAGCUGGAUAGCCCCACACACAUCAACAACGGACCGUACACCCUGCUGGCCAGCAACAAGUACGGACAGGACCGCAAGACAGUCGAUGCCCACUUCAUGCGCAACCCCUUUGAGGGAGGAACAGUGACAGAACCUCUUUACUAUGACCCAACUACAGACGACACACCUCUAGAUCCACCGGAAGACAGAGUUGCUGUGUACGUGGUCGUAGGGAUUGCAGCAGUAGCCUUCACAGGUUUCCUCUUGAUGCUGGUCAUCCUAAAAUUCGGGGGAAACUCAAAGUUUGGAAUCAAAGGUGCAUCGUCUGUGAUCAGCAACGAUGACGACUCAGCCUCUCCUCUCCACCACGUGUCCAAUGGCAGUAACACUCCGUCCUCCUCUGAGAUGGGCCUAGACGCGGUCAUCAUCGGCAUGACCAAGAUCCCCGUCAUCGAGAACCCUCAGUACUUCCGCAGCAACAGCAUGCUCAAAUCAGACACCUUUGUCCAGCACAUCAAGAGGCACAAUAUAGUUCUGAAGAGGGAGUUGGGAGAAGGGGCGUUUGGCAAGGUUUUCCUGGCCGAGUGCUAUAACCUGUCUCCUGAGCUCGACAAGAUCCUGGUGGCUGUCAAGGUAACGCUGCUCUUUACUGUCUAUCACAACCUACUCUGUGGCCACCUGAAAGAGGCCAGUGAGAAUGCGAGGAAGGACUUCCAUCGAGAGCCGACGUUGCUGACCAACCUGCAGCACGAGCAUAUCGUCACCUUCUACGGUGUGUGUGUGGAGAGCGACCCCCUCAUCAUGGUGUUUGAGUACAUGAAGCACGGGGACCUCAACAAGUUCCUCAGGGCUCACGGUCCCGACUCUGUGAUGAUGGGUGAUGGUCUGACAAACCGGCCCGUGGAGCUGACCCAGUCCCAGAUGCUGCACAUCGCCCAGCAGAUCGCUGCAGGCAUGGUCUACCUGGCCUCCCAGCACUUUGUCCACCGAGACCUGGCCACACGCAACUGUCUGGUGGGAGAGAACCUGCUGGUGAAGAUCGGUGACUUCGGCAUGUCCCGAGACGUGUACAGUACGGACUACUACAGGGUGGGCGGUCAURCCAUGCUGCCCAUCCGCUGGAUGCCUCCAGAGAGCAUCAUGUACAGGAAGUUCACCACAGAGAGUGACGUGUGGAGUCUGGGCGUAGUCCUCUGGGAGAUCUUCACCUACGGCAAACAGCCCUGGUACCAGCUCUCCAACAAUGAGGUGAUUGAGUGCAUUACACAGGGGCGUGUCCUGCAGCGGCCUCGCUCCUGUCCCAAAGAGGUGUACGACCUGAUGCUGGGGUGCUGGCAGAGAGAGCCCCACAUGAGACACCACAUCAAGGAGAUCCACAGCCUACUGCUAAACCUAGCCAAAGCCUCUCCUGUCUACCUGGACAUCCUGGGCUGAGCGUGUGUGUGUGUGUGUCAUGGCGUGUGUGCGUAUGCGUACAUGCACGUGGCUGUACAAUACAAGAGGGAAUGAGUGUGUGCCUGUACGUGUGUGUCUAUUGAUGCACCUGUCCUUGAGUGUGUUUUAAGCUACGAUCAAACUCUUUAAGGCAAUCAGAAGAUUCCCCAACUGUUCCCUUGUGCCCUCCCCUCUCGCUCUCUCUCUCUUACUUUCUCCCUACUUCUACUCUUUCAUGCAUCUCUUUACCUACCACCUUCUUCCUGCUCAAGAUACUUUAAGAAUGGAUUGCAGUGGGAAGGCUUCUCCCAUCGGCACAAAGGAUUUUAAACUGGGGCUAAGUAGUCUACAGUAAAUGGCUGAGGGCUCUAUACGAGCAGGCAGUGCCAUUUUUUUCCAAUUGGUUUCUGAAAAACUCCGUCCUUCUGUAAAUAAAACCCCUGAGGAUGAGAAGAGGCGCCUCCACUGCAGAUAGGCUGUUUCUUCUCUGUACAUAGAGGACAUACAUCUACCAGACAUCGGACCCCCGCAAUGUCCUGCAAAGGGUUGAGAUGCGUUGCUCUAUGGAAGGAGACAUGGAAGCAACCAGACUGUUAUUUUCCCCUCAUGUCAUCAAGUCAUGACAUAACAAGACAUGACAAGAUAUAGUAUUUCCCCUCAUGCUGAUGAGCAGCAACAAAUUACAUGCUAUUGUAUAACUGAAGCAAUGGUGAAAGUAAACUUAAAAGGGAGAUUUGGGGCUGUUCACCAAUGGGUGCUCUUCAGCUCAGUCUGUCUGUUGUCGUUGUCUGUGACUAUGUACACGAAAGAGGGUAUUUGAUACAUUUUGGGGGAUGAAGAUGUUUUAAUUCCCAUGUCAAGUGCUGAUGUCAUGUCAUUUAUCGAUUUAUGUGUCCAACAUACUCGGACAAUCCUGAGACAGAGAGUAUGAGCAGGAUCUGUGUCAGUUGCCCUUUCAUGGUCAGUGGUGAGGAUCUCCGUUUAGGCGUGGUUGGGUCAACUGUGGUAGAAUCCUGGCACACACACAUAUCCCCUACCCCCUACUACCACACACACUCAAAAGGCUUCUGCAGGAAAUUGAAUUCUGCAUGUUUUAUUAUUUUAGCCCCACAGUGCUUUAGCGACGGAGCCCCAGCCCUCGUCAGUAAUGGUGUAAUGUAUAUUUCAUUAAGGAGCUAAUGUUGGCCAUUAGCACAGUCUCCCCCUCAGACAUUUAAGACGUAUUGUUUUAUGGGAGAGAGGGAAAGGAGAUGGGGAAGUGGAGAAGAGGAGAGAAAGACGGCGAGAUAGAGAGGAGUGGAGAGAGAGAGAGGGAGGGAGGAGGUCUGAAUGUCUGCAGGGAAAUAGUGAGAUAACAUCCAUCAUAGUGCGGUCGUGUCGGUUUUAGAACCCACAGCUGUUUACUUCACACACCUCGCAUUCCUAUGGCGGGUUCCUCAACCACACACACACAGACAGACACAGACACCACCCACAAAACCUUCUCUUACACAUUCAAUAUCAACUGUAGGCUCACCUACAGACUUUCAAGAUCAAACGCCUACAUUAUCAAAGACACACAAUAAACAGACUUAUUGAGAUGUAAUAACUUCAUACUUCAGACUGUUUGAGUAUCAUGAUAUUGUCAUAUGUUUCUGUAACUGAUUGCAUGUGACUGGUUUGGUCAUAUCCUCAGUCCUUGAUGCUAUUGAUAUUUGUGUUCUUCUUAUUUAUUAAAAAAUUAUACAUUUUUUAUGAGACAAAGUUUCUGAGGUCUAAGUAAAUUAUUUGGUCUGAAUCGGGGCCUGACUCAAAUUUAAAGUGAUCUAAUUUAUUAUGCUGACAGUAUUAUGUGCGUGUGCCUCCGAAAUAGUGCAAUACUUGGGCUGUGGUCAAAAGUAGUGCACUAUACAGGGAAUAGGGUGUAAUUUCAGACGUAGACUGUGUGUGUUUGUUUGGGUCCUUGCACAUGCUCUUUGUUACAUUUUCCUGCCUGCCUCUUGAAAUAUACAUUAGAUCCAAUAAGUACCAUCCGUUCCACAAAGAGAAUGGAUGUCUUUCUGUGCGAGAGCAAGUAGAAAAUGCUUUACAGGUAUUCAAUAUUGGUUACACAAUAAUGUUGUGCAAUACAAAUCAAAAUCGUGUGCAACAACCUUCAGUGUGAGAGUAGUUGGCAGUGAAAUAACUGCCAGUGUGAGAAAGAGCACUAUGCGUCCAUCGAACUAAGAAACCACUCUUAAAGCACUUAUAGCCUACAUGAAUUGGCUAAAGUGGGACAUGGCAGUGGUGGCGAGUCAGUGAAUUGUCUAUCAGAGGACUGCACUGGAAGACAUUUCUAUGUGGCUCUCUUCCAUCACUAUGGACCCAGUCUGAGUUUCCUCUACAUCCUGGUCAAGUUACUGUGACUAAUUAUGGAGCCUUCCCAGAAUCCUUUCUGUUGGAGGUUCAACAUUUCCGCCUACCGAUAGGCUCUAGGCAAUGGGCGGCACCAAUCGCAAUGCUAUCGAUCUCUUUGCUAAGAAAAUGGACACCUCAAAAAGGACUGACAAUCACAACCCUUAACAAGUGAACUGCUGUAUAGUUACAAACCGCUCCUCUCUCGAAUGUAUCUUCACUUUCUUUCUUUCUCUCUUUCUUGUUCUCUCCCAGCUAUUACACUGUCCAACUGUGACAUCCCUGAUGGGUCAGUGAGAGGCGUGUGUAUACGACCCAUGUGGCUCUGAUGGCUUUAGUCUCAGUGCUGUGACUGGAGUUUCUCAUAACGUGUGUAAUACUAAUGUGAUCAGCUUCUCUCGAUGAACGGACCAUUCUGUUGUGAUACGGUAUCAUUAAUAAAAGUGUUAUGUCUUACGUCA